AUGUCCUACAAGGAGACGGCUCAAUAUUCUCCCCUCGACCCCGGCGAAAAAGAUGUCGAAAGUUCAAAGUCUCUCUUGAGCAGCGACAGUUCUUCCGUACACGAAGGAGAAGGUCGGGAUUACCGCAGGCAUCGAACAAAUCGAACAAGAUGGCUCAGAGCUGCCGGUAUAGCAAUGCUUGGGAUAAUGGGAAUGCUUCUUUCGUUCUUCCUAGGCCGGAAUCUGCGGCCAUCAUGGAACGAGCAAUGCAUUGACACUCAAUGGGGAGAUCUUAAACAGAAUGUUCGCUUUAUUCCGCAGACGUUCAACCCUCGGUUUGAAGGCCCAAAGUCCCCGUACAUGGGGGAGCCUAACCCUGACGUUGAUCAGCUAUGGUAUGGUCUUUCGAAAAUGUUCAACUAUGGGGUGGACUAUGACACCCUGAAGCGAAUGAAUCGUACAAAAGCGGCUGCUCAAUGGCCUGGUACCAAGAAGUAUCAGGUUGGUCUGGAGACAUUUCACCAGCUCCAUUGCCUGAAUUAUGUGCGCAUGUACACCUACCAGUCGUACUACGAGAAGAUUGACUACGAUAUGGUUGCCGAAACCCCUGAGGAACGGCAGGAGCACAAAGGUGGGAAGGAUUACGCCCUGGGAUCCCCUCUAAUACUCCAUACUGACGACUUUUUCAGAUCAUUGCGUGGAGGUUCUCCGUCAGAGUCUCAUGUGUUCACCUGA